GUCCAUCAGUAUCAAAAUGCUCAUCAUCAACAACAAAGACAUCCCCGGGGAUGCCAACGUCUCCCUCUCCCUCGAAGCCGUCCAAUCCAGCGCCGCUGCAUUCCCCUCCUGGUCCAAAUCCCCUCCAUCCUACCGUCGCGCUCUCCUCAACAAAACCGCCUCUCUGCUGCGCGAACGAUACGAUGGAUUCCGCGCCCUCCUCGAGGAGGAAGUGCACAUGCCGCCGCUGUUCGCCACCAAGGUGAAUCUGGACGGCGGGAUCGCGCUGCUCGAGGAAACGGCGGCGGUGCUUUCGGAUAGCAUGACGGGGUGUAUCCCGUACUCGGAGGGGAAUUCGUAUGCGAUGGUCUUCAAAGAGGCAAUGGGCGUGGUGCUGGGGAUUGCGCCGUGGAAUGCGCCGGUGAUUCUAGGGUUGAGGGCUGUUGUUGCGGCUGUUGCGGGGGGGAAUACGGUUGUUUUCAAGGGCUCCGAACUCUCACCCAAAACGCACUUCCUCCUCGCCAAUCUCUUCCGCGACGCAGGUUUCCCUCCAGGCGUCGUCAACUUUCUCCUCUCCACGCCGGCAGACGCACCCGCCAUCUACGAAACCAUCAUCAACCAUUCGGCCGUGAAGAAGUGCAACUUUACCGGCUCGACGGGUGUGGGACGGAUCAUCGGGUCUAAGGCUGCGUUGGCGCUGAAGCCGGUGUUGUUGGAGCUUGGGGGGAAGAAUCUUGCGGUUGUGCUGGAGGAUGCGGAUGUCGAGGAUGCAGCGGGGAAGAUUGUGCUGGGGGGUUAUUUGAAUAAUGGCCAAAUCUGCAUGUCGACCGAUCUCGUCCUGGCCGUCGAACCCAUCGCUCAGCCUCUCAUCAACGCCAUCCUCACCCAUCUCCAGACUCAAUCCGGCUAUCAAGUCAUUGCUCCUGCCACCAAAACACGUCUGGACAAUCUCAUCGCAGACGCCCGCUCCAAAGGCGCCAUCAUCCACCAAUCCCCCUCCCCAUGUACAACAGAUCUCUCCUACCCAGCAACCGUCAUCGAAAACGUCACCCCAAGCAUGGCCUUCUACACCAUCGAAGCCUUCGGCCCCAUCUUCGGCAUCUUGCGCGUCCCCACCGCCGAAGCCGCUAUCGCGCACACCCAGGCCUCCGGGUACGGUCUUUCCGCGGCCAUCUUUACAAAGUCGCAUUUCAGGGCGCUCGGGCUCGCCGAACAGAUCCCUGCCGGCGCGGUCCAUGUGAAUGGGAUGACGGUGCAUGAUGAGGCGACGCUCCCGCAUGGCGGGAUGGGGGAGAGUGGGUUUGGUCGGUUUGGGGCGAGAUGGGGAGUGGAGGAGUUUUUGACUACGCGGACCGUUAUUCUGAAUCCUUAGGUUGAGUGGAGUGGAUGAUUAUUGUGAUUUUAGAAGCGAAGCUGUACCAGAUCUAUCAUCUGAAGUGAUUCCGUCGAUCCGUUGCCACCGAGUGUGGAACAGGCAAUUGAGGGAGAAUUAAUCUACCUGAAUCUGAUCUGCA